UCAAAUCGAAACCGAAACCAGGAAGUUACAUACCUUCGUGCUUUAAGAAAAGAAAAAUCGCUGAAAGAAGUAAACUAGAUAUUGAGAAACCAGUAGCACCGGCCUCGGUGGCGUCGUGGCAGGCCAUCGGUCUACAGGCAGUUGCUAUGGCUACUGGAUACAAAUCAGGAAGCAGCCAUUCUGCACAGGACAGGACAAAACCCAUUCAAACACCUAAUGGUCUGAAAGUUACGCUCCAUCUAUGCGAUAUAACCGGUCUAGUGGGUGAUGCGAUCGUGUCUGGAGAAGGAGAGCAUUUUAAGGGGUGGAGCGCUGUUUCGAAACGUCUGUUGGAACUCGGUGGCUCAUCCUACGAGUCGGGGAAGAAGAGUCUCACAAUUGCAAACAAACUUUUUGAACAGGGACGCGUGUAUAAACAGAAAGUGGAGACACCAAGUAAAAUACACCACUCGUAUGUUCUACACGCUAUUGUGCCCAACUAUGAAAAAUGUACACCGUCGGAAUGGGAGACUCUCAUGAAGAAGCUGCUCAACAGUAUUAUGACAGAGGCACGGAGACUAAAACUGAAGACCAUUACAAUGCCUCUGAUUGGAUCAGGAAAAGGAAAGGCACCACUAGAGAAGACAGCGUCUGUGGUAAUGGAAUAUAUCUUCAAACAAAAGAAAACCAUUGUGGAAGAAAUUCAGUUGGUUACUCUAGAUGACGUAGCCUUUGCUUUCUUGGAAAGUAACUGUGACAAAUUCACUGGCCCGUCAGUUAAACCACUAGUUAAUCCUGCCUCAACUGGUACAGCUAAUAGACCUCGAGGGAGAGGCCCUCCGAAGUCUGACUCCACUGCAGAAAGAAAUCCUGCUGGAAGAGGCAAAGGCUCUAGACCUGAGAGGAAUGCUUCACAAGACGUACGUACCAACCCAAACAAAAGUGAACACCAGCCAGCUGAUCUAAAAAUAAUGGGAUCAAAUGAUACAAGUAAAUCAAAAGCUUCUCAAGCUCGCCCCAAAUCAAGAGGUGAGAGCCAACAAGCAUUAAACCAUAACCCAAACACUCAAAGCAUAAAAUCUGCAGGCAAACAGGAUGGUUUAUCAAAUUCACACAGAAAACCUGAAAUACCAUCUCAUAAUUCAAAAGACACACACCAAAGCAGUUUUCAGAUACAUGGCAAAAGAAUUUCCAGUGAGGUAUCCAAAUGUAAACCAGUGACAAAAGAUUUUCCACUUGAACCUGCAGUGAAUGAAGCACAAGAAAACAUACCAACAAAGAAAGCAAAAUUCAUAGAUAAUAAAGUUAUCACACAAGAUUCACACUCUAGUAUUUCUCAGUCUCAAGACAUUAAAGGAAAAAAAGAAAAUGGAAAACCAUGUUUUUCAAGUACCGGUACUGACACUGAACAACAGAAGCAUCUCAAAUCAGGUUCAACAGCUGGUGGUGGUGGUGAAAACAAACUCCAUGCUUCCAAGCCAAAUAACGAAACAGCAUCUGUUAAAUCUUUAGCAAUGCACGAUAAAAAAAAUGGGAGUCCUCCACCUCGGUCAGCUUCCCAAGUUGAUAAACUAGCAGUAAUUCUGACAUCUUUGUCAGUGGAUGGUAAAGACAGUGGGAGUCCAUCAACUCGGUCCUCAUCCCAGGGCGAUGAUGUAGUUGUUGGUUUGAAAUCUUUACAAGUGAGUAAUACAAAAAACAGUAGCCCACAGUCUCCAUCAACUUCACAGGAUGAUCAAGGUGAAUUAACUAAUCCGGUUAUUACUUCAGCUGUGAACCAUGAAGCUCGACGAAGAAGACGGAUGAAUAACGGAACUACAAGUCAAGAUGGUCAUGACAAAGGUGUCCAGAAAGAGAAAGCUGAUCAUGGUCCUGCUAUUAAGACUGAUGCACCUGCUGAUGCUGAAGAUGAUGAUAAUGGUGGUGCUGAUGAUAAUACUGACCAUAUUGAUAACCAACAUGCAGCUGAUAAUCACGAUGGUGACCAUGAUGAUAAUGAUGAUAUAAUUCUUUCAGAAAGUAAUCAAGAUGCAGCUAGAGGAAAAACAAAUACUCAUAACUCGAGACAAGACAAAAAUCCAGCGGAAAACACAAGUACACAUUUACAGAAUGAUGAUGCUGAAUCUAGGCUAAAGAACGAAAAUGAUGGUGUUGCUAAACCCACAGAAGAUAACUCUGAGUUACAAAAUGAUGCUGCCAGAGCUAAGGAAGAUAACUCUGACUUACAAAUUGAUGCUGCCAGAGCUAAGGAAGAUAACAUAAAGAAUAGUGAUCCCAAACUGAAGGAACUUAAAACAAAAGAAGAUGGCAAACCACACUCCACGGAAAGCAGUAACUCUGUAACUAAGACAGAUAAUAAGCAGGAUACAAAAGAAUCACAUUACCAUGACAACUCAAAGCAAGAGAAAGACGAAAAACAAAAACAUAAAGCAAUAUCAGAAGAUGGUACAAAAGAAAUGUGUGUCAUUUGUAUGGAAGAAAUAAAAGACCCUAAAAAGUUGGAUAAAUGUGGACAUGUUUUCUGUCGAAGCUGCAUUACUGAUUGCUUUGAGAAGUUCAAACCGGUGUGUCCCACAUGUAACAUGGUGUAUGGGGUGGUGCGGGGUACACAGCCAGAAGAAGGGACAAUGAAUGUAACAAACAACUCUGGAAGUCUGCCGGGAUAUCCAGAAUGUGGAAUGAUCAUCAUUGACUAUGUGUUUCAUGAUGGCGUGCAGACGGAGGAACAUCCUAAACCGGGAAGUUCCUACCAUGGAACGAGGCGUACCGCAUUCCUCCCUAAAAACAUGGAGGGGAGAACCAUAUGUAAACUGUUGAGAGUUGCCUUCGACAGAAGACUCGUCUUCACUAUUGGCAGAUCGUCAACGACUGGGCGAGAAGAUGUCGUCACGUGGAACGAUAUUCACCACAAAACAAGAAUUGAUGGCGGACCUACAAGAUUUGGAUAUCCAGACCCAGACUACCUGAGACGAGUUCGAGAAGAAUUAACGAGCAAGGGCGUAACCGAAAGUGACCUGAGAAAAUAAUUUCUUACACACACACGUUGGAGAACUUGGUUUGAUAUUUUUUGGUAUCACAGACCGAUAUCACUUGGGUGAGAUAUGGAUUUCAAGACAUCUGAUUGGCUGAUCUACAGUGAUGACAUGGACCUUGAUGACAUUGACCUGCAUAUUCCCCCCCCCCCCCAGUUUUUAGGAUACAUUAAGUAGUGAGCAUAUAGUUCACAUUGAUGCCUUUGGUAAUUGUAAGAUAUAUAUUUUUAAAUCGCAGACCAUAGUUUCAGUUGGACAGGCAAGGUAACUAUUUUUAAGAUUUAAUUAUUAAUCUAGGCCAGUAGGCCAGUAGGCCAGUGCCUUAUGGCACCCCCCACCCACCUAUACCCACCAUUUUCUCAUUUUGACAUCUGGCUCCCUGUAUAUACUUAUGUGUGACCAAGUAAAAUUUUACCUAUUAUCAUCUUGUAAUUUCUUAAAGUUUAUUUAUUAAUUUUUCUUGUGAAAUGUAAAUAUAGAAUUUGUAAAUAAUCACGUACUUGCAUUUUUGUAGGCUAUUUUCAUGUACAUGUAUCAACUGAAUGUAAAUUAUUUACAGUAUUAUGGAUAAUACUGGAUGCAAUACCAAAUUAAUGGGAAAACUUGCUAAAAAAAAAUAACAAUUUAAUAAAUUAGACAGAAUACGAAGCUCAAAUAUAAAUCUUGUUAAGAGAAAGUAACAAAACCAUUUAACAAGCUAUUCAUUGAUAAAAUAAACAAAAAUCAAAUUAAAU